AUGGAGGUAUGCGGACAUGAAAUCGAAGACGAUCGCUUACCAAAUGGCAAGCUACACCUAACCUUAGUUCUCCCUGAGUUGAACACAGUUACUGAACCUGUAUUUAAUAUUUAUAUUACGUUUGAGACUAACUUACCCAGAAUUCCUUUAAUGGGAUUUUUUCCUCAAAGUAUUUCUUCCUGUGAUGUAAAAGAUGAAGAGUUUCUACGAGCCUUUGUAAAUGAUUUUAUUUUGUUCAAAAGAGAUUUCCUUGAUAAAAUUGAGCGAGUCGAGAGAAAUGACAUUCUAAGAAUCCAAUUCAGACGAAAACUACACGAUCAGUUCGGUGUGAGAUUCUUCUACCACUCCGUAAGCCAGAAUAAUUACUUAUCAGAUUUUUAUAUCUUCGGCUUAUGUUCUGCAAGAACUCUGGUAAUUUUGGAACCAAGGGCAAACUUCCAAGUUUUAAAUGAGCAAGCUUACUUGGCUUCUUUAUCUUCGCCGAUGAAAGCGAAAAUAAUCACUUUCGAGUGUACAAUUUGUUUCGAACAUUUCUUCCCCCACGAAAUGGUUGCUCUUCCUUGUGGGCACAUUUUCUGCAGAGGUGAAGCAUCCAAACUUUCGAACUGUGCUAUUUGCACGAAACCGAAAGAACCUCAAUUUCCUUUAAAAGUAAGAGAUGGUGCUUGCCCAAUAGAUAAAUGCUUUAAUUCGAAGGAUCUCUAUAUUCUAUUACCUUGCUGCUGUGUAAUCGCCCACGGCAUGGAUUCUAUUCGCAUUCAGCAGUGCCCGUUCAGCACUUGUAAACGGAAAGUAGAAAAAACUCAGAAACUGUUUUUCCAUUUGAAACCUUGA